CCGGGCGCAGAGCGCCUCCCGCCCGUCCGGUAACCCCGCUCCGCUGCCCCCCGGUACUCUCCUCCGGGUAGCGCCCGCCGAGCCGCUUCUCCGCCGGGUGGCCAUGGAGUACACGCCGCCCCCCAAGCCGCAGCUCUCCUCCCGAGCCAACGCCUUCUCCAUCGCCGCUCUCAUGUCGAGCGGCAGCUCCAAGGACAAGGAGUCCCCCGAGAGCACCAUCAAACCGCUGGAACAAUUCGUUGAGAAAUCUUCCUGCGCCCAGCCUUUGAGCGACUUAUCCAGUUUGGACCCUCACGGGGAAUUUAGCACCAGUCCUUCGUCCCUGUGCACCGAGCCCCUCAUCCCCACCACCCCCAUCAUUCCCAGCGAGGAGAUGGCCAAAAUCUCCUGCAGCCUGGAGACCAAAGAGCUCUGGGACAAGUUUCACGAGCUGGGUACCGAGAUGAUCAUCACCAAAUCCGGGAGGAGAAUGUUUCCUACGAUCAGGGUUUCCUUCUCGGGAGUGGAUCCUGAAGCCAAGUACAUUGUGUUAAUGGAUAUAGUUCCUGUGGACAAUAAAAGAUACAGAUAUGCCUACCACAGGUCUUCCUGGUUAGUGGCUGGAAAAGCUGACCCUCCGCUCCCUGCAAGGUUGUAUGUGCACCCUGACUCCCCGUUCACCGGAGAACAACUGCUGAAGCAGAUGGUGUCCUUCGAAAAAGUCAAACUCACCAACAACGAGCUGGAUCAGCACGGCCAUAUCAUCUUGAACUCCAUGCACAAGUACCAGCCAAGGGUCCACAUUAUUAAGAAGAAGGAUCACACGGCCUCUUUGCUAAAUCUGAAAUCUGAAGAGUUCAGGACAUUUAUCUUUCCAGAAACAGUUUUUACUGCUGUUACCGCCUACCAGAAUCAAUUGAUAACCAAGUUGAAAAUUGACAGCAACCCUUUUGCUAAAGGAUUCCGGGACUCUUCCAGACUCACUGAUAUCGAGAGAGAAAGUGUGGAGAGCCUUAUACAAAAGCAUUCCUAUGCCCGAUCCCCCAUUCGAACCUAUGGAGGAGAAGAUGACCUCGGAGAUGACAACCAGGCAACACAAAGCAGAGGGUCAGCCUUUACAACAUCUGACAACCUGUCCCUCAGUUCCUGGGUAUCCUCCUCAACCAGUUUUCCUGGGUUUCAGCAUCCGCAGUCUUUGAGUGCCCUGGGUACCAGCACUGCAUCCAUAGCGACACCCAUUCCUCAUCCAAUCCAAGGAUCUCUGCCUCCGUACAGCCGCCUGGGAAUGCCUCUUACACCCUCUGCUAUAGCCAGCUCCAUGCAAGGUAGUGGCCCCACUUUCCCUUCUUUCCAUAUGCCUAGGUACCACCAUUAUUUUCAGCAGGGUCCUUACGCAGCUAUCCAGGGACUGCGUCACUCCUCCGCAGUGAUGACGCCGUUUGUAUGAGUGAUGCAAGACAAGAGAAACACGAGAUUUUAAAUGUGCAAGUUUGGUAUGAAAAAUACAAGGGACCUUCCUGAAAGGCCUGUGGCAGGAGUGCUGAACUCGUUACAAACCAGCUAAGAAAAUGCAUUGUGGAUAUAGAUUCCUCCAUUGAGGGAUCACAAGAAGAGAGCAUGCAGUUUGGAGCUGCUCACAGAUCUAUGUGUAACACAGCUGAAAUGGAUCCCAAAGUUCCCAGGAUUUUUGGUCGUGUGCAGCUUGUUCCAAAGGUGCAUUAUACCUAGCGGAAAGAGAUUAUGUUUAUGCGGCAGUGUACAAAUUAAUUGUGUAUAGGUCUUUUUUCAUAUGCUAGAAGAAUUCUGAAAAAGGCAAUACUUUUACUCAUCUUCAUCUCUUCUUGUGACUGAUGAGCAUCUAAACAGAAAAAUGUAUUGCUAUAACUUUGAGCAUGUUUUAGGCUAUCUCAGCACACGUUUGCUGGGAACAGGACAAAGUGGAGAAGGCCACUGUCCUUUUUAAAAGACUGGCUUAUAUUCAAGAAAAGCAGUAUUUCUUAGUUGCUCCUAUAAUCCCAAAGAGAAAACUAUUAAUAAGUCUGUCUGUCUUUGUUUCUUUCACAAAACACUUAUCAGUUCCAAAAAAGAACUGUGUUACAGGACUGUAGCAGUAAUGAAGUAUUCUGUCCUUCAGUCUAAAGUUUGUACUAUAUCCUAGGAAGAGCAAUUCAACUGUCUAUUAAGGUAUGAUGAAGGAAAAUGUUAAUUUGGGAAAAUCUGUUACUAAAACUUAAAAACCCAAGAUAUCAAAUCUUUAAAUCAACGCUUGUUUGCUGCUCUGCUUGCCACCGAAGACCUGUUUCUAGCUGCAAAUGCGUAUCAAGUUAACCAAAUUUCAGGCUAGACCAGUCUAUAGACUGUCUAGAUCAAUCUAUAACCAAUGGACUGGUGUAAGAUGAGUGGCAUUGGAGUAUCCUUCUACUUGUUCUGAUUUUCUUGGGUUUGGUCAUGGCUGUUUUUAUACAAGCUCUUUGGCCAGGAAAAUGAGGGUUGUACUGUCUGUUUUUCCAUGUCCCAGUAGAAUGGUGGCGUUUCCUUGGGAAAAUAUCAGUGCAGAACUUCACAUUUGAUUUUUUUAAUUCCUAUCUGCCUUUUUUCAGUUAGUAAUUGGGGUUCUCAUUUAAAGUACUGUCCACUUUUUCUAGUAUGUUAUGUCUGAUGAUGCAACAGAGGAACUGUAGAGGUGUAAGAAAAAAAAUGACCUCUCUGCAGAGAGCUAGCAUGAAUCCUUUGCACUGCUGAAAAGAGUACCGGUGCGACGCUGGUUUUCUGUGUGGCGGGAGCUGGGGUUUCACUGUAAAUAAUAAGUCAACACAGAGUUUCUGUGUAGAGCUGCAUCCAAGUUACAGAUGAUAAUACAUCUACUGAUAAAAAAGAACUAUCAAUCCAAUCUCAUAUAUUAAAGAUCUGUGUAGAGCUGGAACACAGAAUGGAAAGCAAACUUUUCUGGCACUGUUCUCCUCUACUUUUGACCAGUGUGUGUUGGUAUCAUACGGUAAGAAGUGGAGUGCAGUACAUUGAGUCACCUACCUCCCAUCUCUGUGAAGUGCAAGGCACGUCACUUGCCUUUUUUUUGUCCCAUUGCCUUGUCUUGCAUGCCCCAUCACACAGAGCUAUGACAACCUCCCAGGCUUUUCCCAGCUUUACUGUAGGCCAGUACUUGCAUCCUACAGAUAAGGGCCGUCGUUAUGUAUUUCCCAGCAGCUGAAUCUAAAAUCUUGUCAAACUGGCCAUUUCAGUCACCUCAGCUGUCUGCAGUAUCAUCCUAAUUUCCCUUUAUUCACUGUUGGACCUGCUGAUAAAAAAAUGACCUGAGGCAAUUUGCAAAUUUGUGCUCUGCAUGUGAAUGAAAACAAACUUUUAUUUACAGUUUCUGGGUUCAGAGCUACUACAAGGAGUUCCAUAAAUGAAUAUAAUAGGCCAAGCUCUGCAGUAUUUAAAUGGCUUAGAAUCAGAUAUUGAAUUUGGCUUGAUGUAUCCAAACAUUAGAUUUUGCUCCAGGCUAUCAGAUUCACCUGAAAAGCGCAUGUUGCAAAGUUGUGUCUGCUUAUGACCCGUUUUGAUAUAAAUCCCCUAUUUUUCAGGAAAUUAGAUGAUACUGACCCCACAACAGCAUAACUCUUCAAGUGUAUCUAUGAUUCCACAGAAACGAGAAUUUCAGGGGAGAUUUGAAAGAAAAUUUUAAUCCCUCUCCUUCAGUUGCUUGACUUCUGUUAGAGUUGUACGAAGGCCCUAUGAUGACAUGCACUAAAGCCUGUGGGGAAUUUCUGUUUCUUUUAUCUGUUUCUUUCUGCAGCUCCAUUAACUUAUCUGCAGUUGCAGGGGAUACAGUUAGGUUCAGAAUUCAAGGCAGUAAUUUUAAUGCUGAUACUCUCAUCAGGAAAUAGUCAAGUAAGUAGGUAGCUUUUACACGACUCCAGAAAUAAGUUUGGAACAGGUAGGCUGAUUUAGGCAUGCUUUACAAGUCAUGUAAAGCCUACUCAUACAUUGACCUGUCCUUCCUCUGUGAAGCAAAUUCAGAGAAAUAAACUGUACAAUCUCUUUAGCCCUGUCCCAGUCCCUGUUCUGAAAACACCAAUAUUUGGCGUGCAGAAAUGCCCCUGAUUCUGUUUCAGAGAAAAUUCUCCAGGCUCUUCCUGGAGAAUGAAACUGGAUUUUGACAA